AUGUCUUCCACUUUCACACCCUCUCAGAUCCUCCCGGAAGUGCCUCCGCGGGUUGACUCGAGAGCCUUCGGUGAUUUAUCAGCGAUACCGGAGCCUGCCUCAUCUUCUGGCGUAUCUCCAGAUGGCCCUUCCAUCUUCAGUGGUGCAGAUGGAGAGCAAGAUUUUGACGAGCCUACCCAGGCAACGCCAUCCCCGACAGACGAACAGGGCGGGUUCGACCUGAAACCACCUCCACCGAAGGUCACUUUGUCAAACGCAGAACUGAUAUCAGACCGAUUAUUCGCAGCUGAUCACCUCAACCUGAUCUUGCGUAAUCAGCCAUCCUUCCACAGAUUCACGGCAUUCCUGAGCCAGUGCCGUCCCCAUCUUGCCCCGACAUUCAUACAAUAUAUAGAGUGUCGCAAAGCAAUUCUCGCGCUAGAGUAUGCAAACGCUACCGCGGAACAGUUGUCGCCAGCGCACGACCAGUCAAAUCCGCCAUUAAAGGCAGCUCGAACGACCAGCACCUUCGAAGCUAGAUGCCAACAUGCACUAGACACACUACUCAGGGAGGCCCUGCCAGCGUAUUUGACACAUCGCUUCACACAAAUGGUUACUGAGGUCUUGGUAAAGGAGAUCACUGGGAACAAUACCCCCAUCAUGAGAGAGCUCGUGCCGGGCCUUGCAGAAGUGUAUUGCAUGGCGGAUCCUUCACUUCCGGAUUGCCCCAUCAUCUAUGCAUCAGAUGAAUUUUACAGAUCGACACAGUACGGCCGGGACUAUGUGAUAGGACGUAAUUGUCGUUUUCUUCAAGGGCCAAAGACCGCGCCAUCUUCAAUCCACCGCCUGGGUGAAGCGAUGCGGCAUGGAGAGGAGAUUUGUGAAACCGUACUAAACUACCGACGUGACGGAAGUGCGUUCUUGAACCUCCUUCUUCUGUCUCCUUUAUGCGACAACAAGGGCAAUGCACGCUACUUUUUAGGUUGCCAAAUCGACAUCACCAACCUCAUUGAUGAGGGUAAAGGCCUCGAAUCAUUUCAGAUCCUACUGGAAGAAGACAAGAUGGCAAAUCGUUACGGUGUAAACGCGCAAAAGAAGUCGGAAAAAGCACUCCGGGAUUUGUCUCUACUUCUGAAUGCGGAAGAGAUGGAAAUAAUCCAGGAAAGACGCCAAAAUAACUCCAGGCCGGUGACACCCGCACCAUCCCUUUCCAUGAGGCGAUUCAUAGGCGUGGAUGAGUCUGCAGCGAUCAACAUAUGGCCACCGACUUCUUUCGGGAAAUCUGGAAGGCUGCCAGGAGUAUAUCAAAAUUUCCUUUUAGUCCGUCCGUAUCCUUCUCUUCGCAUAAUUUUCACCUCCGCCGCCCUACGCAUUCCAGGGCUUACGCAAUCCCGCCUUCUGGAUCGCAUCGGUGGUCCACAUAACAUCCGGGAAGGCAUACAAUCUGCGCUAGCCGACGGUGUCCGCGUAACAGCAAAGGUAUCUUGGCUUACGACUACCACAACGGUCGCCAGCAGUGGAAACACCAAAGACGGCCAUAGCCGGAGCAACAGCCUCGAAGGCAAACCCCGCUGGAUCCAUUGCACUCCGCUACUGGGGAGCGACGAGAAAGUUGGCGUGUGGAUGGUGGUUAUGGUCGAGCAUGAGAACAUCACAGGCUCAUUGAACGUGCAUUCAUCCCCGCCUAGGUAUGGUUAUCGUAGCCACGGAGGUAAUUACUUCAGCGGCACGGGUACGAGUAAUGGGAGGGGGUCUGCGGGAGACAAACUGGACGGUGAAUCCCAGCUGCAAUGGGGAGCAUCGAACGGGGGUGAAGAUUCUUAUGCUGAGUACCUAAGGCGGGAAAAAGCUCGUUUCGCCGUCCGGUCUGCUUCGACCAGCGGGGCAACGAGCCCAAGAAGGAUGGCCCCCGGCGGAGGAAAGUUUAGGGAGGGAUUUCUAUGA